AUGGACGCCAUUUUCGAAAGUGACGAACUGGUGGGUUAUCGGUUUUACAUCGACCAGGUCGCGGAUUACGUGGCCGGCAAAACCGCCCACGCCAUGGAGUUGGGCCAGGAACUGGAGCGAGCGGCGUUGGCAGUGGACAUCGCUUACGCCGGCAAAACGGUUGCUGUGGUCUCGUCCGGCGAUGCCGGCAUCUACGGCAUGGCUGGUCCGGUGUUCCGUGUUCUGACCGACCGUAGUUGGGACGGAUCGAAUCCCGAGUUGAUUACAGUGCCGGGUGUUUCGGCUUUACAAUCCGCCGCAGCCCUGCUGGGCUCUCCCAUAAUGCAGGACUUCUGCGCAAUCAGCCUCAGCGACCUUUUGACGCCCUGGGAACAAAUCACGCGGCGGUUGGAGGCUGCAGCGGUCGGGGACUUUGUCACCAUCCUGUACAACCCCCGGAGCCGACGGCGCACGAUGCAACUGGAUGAGGCCCGGGACAUUUUCCUGCAACACCGGCCAGCAUCCACUCCCGUGGGCAUCGUACGGCAUGCCUAUCGUCCCGAGCAGGCUGUUUCCCUGGUUAGUCUGGAAGGACUGGAUGGCGCGGCAUUGUCGGUGGACAUGUUUACAACCGUAGUGGUCGGAAACUCCAAUACAUACAUCCACCAGGGGCGGAUGGUAACUCCCCGCGGCUACGAGGCGAAGCAAUAA